UAUUCAUUUCCUUCUUUUUCCUCAAUCCUUUUUAUCAUUUUUCACCCCUUUCAAGUCUCAACAAACAAUAAAUUAGACGCCCCACCAACCCCCGCCGUCUCUCCAUGCAUGUUUUCUUUGUGUAAGAUCACAAACACAAACAAAUACAUCUACAAGAAACAGGCAAAAGAUUUGAAAAAGAAAAAAAGAAUCUUGAAAAAAGAGUUAAAAAUGAAUGAUGAUUUGAGUAUGGUGUUUUCAAUUACUGUUCCAAGGAAAUUUUCUGAAAUUCUUAAAGAAGUUUCAUUCAUCGAUGAUUUUUCCAAGAAAUUAUCGAAGCUGGAAUUUUAUGUUCAUGCAUUGGAGCUAGAAAUGUCAAAAAUUGAUGCUUUCAAGUGUGAACUUCCCUACUCAAUGAGCCUGUUGAAGGAUGCAAUUGAGAUAUUGAAGGAGGAGGGAUUGCAGUGGAAGGGAAAAGAUGUGGAGCCAGUGAUGGAGUUUUCAUUGAAGAGUAAUUAUGAGGAAGAUGGAGGGGUAAAAAGGUCAAAUGAUUGUAUUGACAAGAAGAAAUGGAUGAGUUCUGCUCAGCUGUGGAGCACCCCUGUUCACUAUGGGAAUAAUUUUGAUAUCAGAAAUCAAGAUUCCAUUUUGCACCAAAAAUUAACAUCUAACCAAGAAGAGAAUGGCAAAGGAAAGGAGAACAAAUUUGUUCCAUUUCAGAAAACAUGUCAUGGAACUGUUGAAGAAGAGAAGGGGAUGAUUAUGCCAGUUCACAGUCUAUCCCUGUCCAUUUCUGGUAAUUGUAGGGCACAACAGCAGCACCAACUGCAGAAGAAACAUAGGAGGUGUUGGUCCCCUGAGUUGCACAAGAUAUUUGUCAGCGCACUCCGUCAGCUCGGCGGUGCACUAGUGGCUACACCAAAGCAAAUAAGAGAACACAUGAAAGUAGAUGGCCUGACCAAUGGUGAAGUAAAAAGCCAUUUGCAGAAAUACAGGCUUCAUAUCCGUAAGCUUCCUACUUUGUCGCCUGAUGUGUCGAGUUGCUCGCGGUUAACACAAGAUCAAUGCAAGGCUAAUGCUGCACAAUCUGGCUCCCCACAGGGCCCUCUGCGUCCGGGAGGGUCUCCUAAAGGGCUCUCAGCCACAGGUCGAAACAGCAUGGAAGAAGAUGAUGAUAAGUCAGAAAGUCAUAAUUGGAAGGCUCCGCUUCAAAAGCCAGUUGAAGAACAAUAGUAGGCAGUCAUAACCCUUAAUUUUGCAGAUACUUAUAUAGGAGAAUCAGAAUACAUACAUAUUACAAAUAAUAUAGUCCUAUACGGAUAUUGCAUCUUUGUAUGCAGCAUUGGAUAUGAUCAAAUGGCAUUAGUCAAGAUUUUAGUUUCAGUUUCAACUUUGAUAUUGCUUGCUGCUAAAGGUGCCGACUUUUCUCUUAUGUGUUUUAAGGCAUGUUUUAAUAG